CACGCAAAAGCGCAGGAUCUUACACAUCUCCCCCUUUUCACUCGUCCUUGUGUACUACUCGUCGCUCGGGAGGCUCCCGGCCGCAUCGCGAUCACACCUCCUCUCCUCCUCAGCCUCGCCGGAGAUCAGACGAGGCGCCGCCGCGAUGGACGCCUCCUACCGCCGCGCCGGCGCCGGGGGCGGGUCCACGCCCCGCUCCGUCGAGGACAUCUUCAAGGACUUCCGCGCCCGCCGCUCCGCCAUCCUCCGCGCCCUCACCCACGACGUCGAGGAGUUCUACGCGCAGUGCGAUCCAGAGAAGGAGAACCUGUGCCUGUACGGGUACUCGAACGAGGCGUGGGAGGUGGCGCUGCCGGCGGAGGAGGUGCCCACGGAGCUGCCGGAGCCGGCGCUCGGGAUCAACUUCGCGCGCGACGGGAUGAACCGCCGCGACUGGCUCGCGCUCGUCGCCGUCCACUCCGACUCGUGGCUCGUCUCCGUCGCAUUCUACUACGCCGCGCGGCUCAACCGCAACGACCGGAAGCAUUUGUUUGGCAUGAUGAAUGAUCUGCCAACCGUUUUUGAAGUUGUCUCUGGCGGUGCGAAACAAUCUAGGGAGAGGGACAGAUCCGGAACCGAUAACAGUGGUAGGAACAAGCUGUCAGUGAAGGUAAUAAGAAAUCUAAACUAUUUUUUACCGCCUCUUCUUUCUUAUGUUAAAACAGUUAUGUCUCCCCAGCAAACAAGCGAGGCACGUGCAGAAAAUAACAUCAGGGAGGCCGAUGAAGGCUACGACGAAGAUGAUGACGACCACAGUGAAACCUUAUGCGGGACAUGUGGCGGAAUAUAUAGCGCGGAUGAGUUCUGGAUCGGGUGCGAUGUGUGCGAGAAGUGGUACCACGGCAAGUGCGUGAAGAUAACCCCUGCGAAGGCGGAUAGCAUAAAGCAGUACAAGUGCCCCAGCUGCAGCUCCAAGAGACCUAGGCAGUAGUAGCACCGGAGGACCGUGCCGGUGCCAUGGAUGAACAAUCUGAAGCAGCGGGAGUUGAGACUCCUUGUGCAAGGUUCAAUACCAUCUUGCGAUGCUUACUGUAUCUUUCGAUUUUAGCUUACCUAUAUGACAAUGAUGAUGCUAAUGUGAGGAAAUAUCACACAUAUUCAUAGCGUUUUGGUUUCUCCAUGCCCUGAACAGAGUUAAGGUAGCCUGUAUGUUCCCGGGGAAAAGUAUCACGGGCAAUGUGGGAGCCCUUGUAAUGUUGCCAGGUGAAUUGAGCAGCUUAUGCGACAAUAAUCCGAGAGGUUUAUGUUAAUAUUUUAGUCAA